UCGUGGGGGAAUCCGAGGAGGAUAAAAGGCGUCGUAAGGUCUUGGAACUGAAAAGGCACCUCAAGAUACGAUGCAGAUCUCCUCUCUUUUCCUGGCGGCAGCCCUUGUCGCAACGGCACUGCCACUUCCUGGCUCUGCGUUGCCGCUUGAGAAGCGUGCCGACAAGUGCGACACGUUUGACAGUUACCCAACGGGCAAGUACACGGUCUACAACAAUCUCUUUGGCGCUGGUACCGCUACGUCUGGCUCCCAGUGCCUCGGUGUCGACGGCCUGAGCGGUUCGACCCUCUCAUGGCACACGUCGUGGACCUGGGCUGGCGGACAGGGCCACGUGAAGUCGUAUUCCAACGCCGUCCUGGACUUUACGAAGAAGCCACUGAGCUCGAUUGCAAAGAUUCCUACGACGUGGAAGUGGAGUUACACCGGCAACAGCCUCGUAGCCGACGUAGCCUAUGAUCUUUUCACCUCAACCUCGGCUUCUGCCGACGCGCAGUACGAGGUCAUGGUCUGGCUCGCUGCUCUGGGAGGGGCCGGGCCAAUCUCUAGCACGGGCUCGCCCAUUGCGACGGUGACCAUGGGCGGCAACUCGUUCAAGCUGUACAAGGGCCCGAAUGGCAGCGUGACAGUCUUUUCCUUUGUUGCAAGCACCCCGAUCAAGAACUUCUCAGGCGACCUCUACAGUUUCCUCAGCUAUCUGGUGGCUCACCAGGGUCUGCCGGGCAGCCAGGUGCUCCAGAAGAUCGGCGCGGGCACCGAGCCCUUUACGGGCUCAAGCGCCGUCUUCAAGACGACUGCAUACAGUGCUUCGGUCGAGUGA